GUUUUCUAAAAAAGUCGCUAAAGAAAUGACGAUAGUGACAUUACAAAAUGUUGCUAUUUUUCAUUAAAAAAAAAUGGCAGCCUUUAUGUCGUAAGCUUUUCUUUUCUUUUCUGACGAAAAGUUUUUAUUAACAAUUUAUGGAAGGUUUAUAAUGCUAUUUGAAUCGAUUCAGAUGAUCAAUCAGCAUCAGAAAAUAUUAAAAUAAUUAUCAAACGUGCUAAGUCAUGCACUGGAUAUCGGCAGUGUAGUGAACUUGGGGGACUUAUGCAAAUGUUGAACGGUUCGAACGCGACCGAAAUCAGUAGUUCAGCAACGGUUACGAAUAAAGAAAACAUGAGUGCAGGCAGUGCGACGCUAGAGCGCGAGCUGGCGGGCACGCGCCGCCUGCUGUGGGGCGAGCACGUGAAGGAGGACGUGUUCCGCCGCUGGGCGCAGGGCUUCCAGUUUAGUGCCGACGAGCCGAGCGCGCUUAUUCAACAGGAGGGCGGCCCGUGCGCCGCCAUCGCACCAGUCCAGGGCUUCCUACUCAAGAUCCUGUUAUCAGAGACUCCAGGACAUAGUUUUCAAGAUUUGACCUCGGAGAAGUGCAAUUCGUUGCUUGUUAGAGCAGUGUGUACAAUUUUAAGCCAGUGUCUAGCGCCUAAGUACAAUGUGGCGGUGUACCGCAAGACGGACCUGGACGCGGACACAAGCGGCGGCAACAGCGUCAGUGUGGAUGAACAGUCGUGUGAUACUAUUGAACACUUCCAUCGGUGCAUUCAAGUACACUCGUUUCAGACUCUGUCUGAGGUAGAGGCAUUCUACACAAGGAACAUUCGGAUAUUGAAAGACAAAUAUGGUGUUCUGUUACUGUUGUACAGUGUCAUACUCAGCAAAGGCAUCGAUAUAGUGGAGGCGGAACUGUCAGAGCUGUCAGACCCCCUGAUACAUUCUAUAUAUGGUUACGGUUCACAGGGACUCAUUAAUUUGAUGCUCACUGGAAGAGCUGUGGCCCAUGUGUGGGACCAUGAUCAGGUAGUCGGUGGGUUACGGUUACGAGGUAUAGAAAGACAAAAUGACAUAGGUUUUUUGACAAUCAUGGAGCACAUGCAGUAUUGCACGGUUGGAUCGUUUUACAAAAAUCCCAAACAUCCAGUGUGGGUGCUGGCCUCUGAGACCCAUCUCACAGUACUGUUCUCGCUGGAGAGGCGGCUGGCAGCGCCAGAGACAGUUGGAGAAUCUGCAGAGAGAAUAUUUCGCUCAUUUGACCCUGAGGGCAAUAACUUUAUACCUUCAGCAGCAUUGCAAGAUGUUUUAUGUGCAGCCGACCUAGUUAGUGAGCCUGAAUAUGUAGAAUUGAUGAGGCGGAAACUGGAUUCUGAAAACCUGGGAAUAAUACUUUUGAGUGCAUUCAUGGAUGAGUUCUUCCCAGGAUGUGAGCGUGGGGCACCUGAUACUUUCACCUUGCACCAUUAUAAUGGGCUAGCACGGAGUAAUCCUGGUGGGCAAGUCGUGUUCCGUACCGGGCGAGCCGCCCUACUAGAGUGUCCUAUGCGUGCCGCCACCACUGACCCUAUGCUCACUUGCUUGCAGACUAAGUGGCCCAGCAUUGAUGUGGUCUGGGAUGAUGGUCACUCUCCUUCACUUAACUAGCCCGUGCCCUAAUGGCGUGCUCCAGCAAAAUUCGGAACUCAUACUGUGACACAGUGAGGACAGUAUGUACCUUUAGACGUGUCUAAAAAAUUCCAUUAUUUUAUUGUAUUAACUUAUGUAUUAAAAAUUAUAACAUGGAUUGUGUCAAUGCUCCAUGCAGACAGUUUUCAUACUGGUAUAGGCAGCUAUUUUACAUUGAUUUGGUACAGCUUAGUUACAAUGAACCUUUUCAUUGGAACCUAUACCUAUAUUCUGUUUGAGUACAAAUUGGAAAAACUACUUGUUUACAAUAUAUAAGCACACAAAAGAGUGUCCAUGCUAUUGGUUGUUGUGACAGAAUAAGCAAUAAGGUUUAUGAGAUAGUAAUAAUUAUUGUAAAAUAUAAUUUUACACUUUUGUUUUCGUAUCCAAGUUGGAUUUUAAUUUAUAAUGAGCCCGAGUAGGGAUAGAUGUGUCUAUUUUGGUACUCAGAUCAGCUGUGACGCCAGCACUUGAUCAUGGACUAAUUACCCGGUUGUGGAGCGCGAUGCCAAUGGGCGCGAGGGUGCGCGCGCGGCUUUAUGCGGGGCAUUGCGCCGGCACGUCGCGGCCGGGGCAGGACGCCGUGCAGUGCUGCAGCGCACACCUAGCACAUGCUUGCACCAAAUUGCUAAUGUUUUAACACACUUGUUUAGGACUGUUGGGUUUAUUAUAUCAGUUUAUUAUAGAAAAAUUCACAUUUCCAUCUAUUAUACUGUAUGUAUACUGCUUUAUUGUAAUUACAUAGGUUUUUUUAUAGCACUUCAAAUUAACUACUCAGUCACUGUAUUAUGUUCACCCCCUUUAAAUUAACACGGAAUUGGAAGAGAGUGUAGUCAGUUAGGCAAAACUCUGAAAUCAAAAAUUUACUCUUAUAAAAGUUAUUUAAAAAAAUUAAAACAAAUUAUAAAACUGCCCUCGCUUCCAGUUUCUAAUAAUAUUAUUUUUAUAAUGACAAGGAAAUGAUAAGGCAAACAAGGUACAGCAUUCUGCUAAAUUGUAUUGUUUUGUCUUUGUAUAACUAAAAAAAACUAUGUAUUGGCAUGCAUUGAUAGUAAGCCUAAAGAUAAAUUAUAUGUUAUAGUCUCAUUAAAAAUAAAAAGAUAUGCAAGACAAUAAAAUGACAAAUUAUAAGGCCUGACAGGGUAUCUGACUGUGUCAACUCUGGACACUAUUCUGAUAAUGUAUACAAUUAUCACCAUGUAUUUUUUAUUAUGCAAUAUCAUCAUGAUUUUUAACUGACUGUCAUACAUUAUUUGUGCUUUAUUUUUAUGGACCCAGAAUGACUCGGGUUCAUUUGUUUUAUAAUAAUUAUAACUUAGCCAACUUUAUUAGAAGGUAAAAACUACUAAUUAAAUUAUAUAUUUCAGUCUACUACCCUGUCCCAUGUCUGGUAUUUAUUCUUUAAAAUAUUAUACAAUAUAUGCCAUAGUAGUAUCGAUAGAUAAUUUACAAUGAGACUACAACAUGUUUUUCAUACAUACUGUAAUUAUAUAUUUUUUGUUUGUUACUAUAAUAACAAUAUAUAAUUUCAACCAUGUUUACUGUUUAUUAAAGGCAUGAAGUUGCCUUCAUGUGAUUUUGUGGCCAAUUUUUGCAACACCUGAUUUAUAAAGCUAAAUAAAGCUUGAUUUUAUUAUUUGUUUAUUAUUAGUCUAUAUUCAUUUUGAAGUCACAGACAAGAACAGAUUCAUGUAAAAUAGCUGUGCAUUGUAGUAUUGCAUACAAAGAGUAUAUUGAAAGAUAUUUUCUGGUAGACCUAACAUAGUGUAACAUGCUUUUUAUUAUAA